AAACAGCAACAUUACACACUAACUAAAGUUAAAAGAGUGCAAUCAUAAUCAACCACCCAUUUAAAAUUGUUAAAAGCACUUAUAGACAAAUAAUUAAAUUAGAUGACAUUAACAAAUAAAUGAAAGGGAAAUAAAGGGGACAAGGUAAAAGAAGUAAAAGGAAAUUUAAAGUAAAAAAAAAAUCACUCAGAAUAUAAAUAACAUAAUGAAAUUGUGAAAAUAAAUGAGUGCAAAAGAAAGGAAAAAAGUAAAUGAAAUAGGAAUGAAUUUAGAUUUAAAAAUAUAAAGUAAUAAAUCAGUCUUAAUAACUCUGUGUGUAGAUUGUGUCUAUGUCCUUUCUCCUCCUCAUAAAAACAAUCCCUCUGAAAUCCCACGAGAGGCCACUCUGUCUCAGGGGUUCGGCUAUUUUUGUAACCUAGAACAUGAGUGAACCUUUGAAUUUUAUUUUGAAAUAAAAUAAAUCAGAAGAGUUAUUUUGUGACAAUGCUGUUUUGAUAAUAUUUUUUUGUCAUUCUGGAGCCGACACUGCAAGCGUGUUGGUUUAUUUUCAGCUGUGGUUUCCUGUGAAUAGUUGUGGUAGUUUUCGCUGAACCCUCUGGAAUAACAGCAUGUGAUUUAGUUCUGGCCGAAAGGCGGAGCGUUUCUCUCCUGUGUUCACACCCUAGUGUGAGUUUAUACAUGUACAUUCAAGCAUUCCUGCCCUCUUCAAAGUUUUCACGUGGAACAUUAUGAAAUGUAGAGCACCAGAGGACAAAAUGUGGAAUUCCCAACUUGACUCAUUCCAGAGAUGAUAGUGUUACGCAUUCAAGUCCGGAUCUGUUACAGACUUGUUUUCGAUGAAAAUGCUGAAGAAGCUCCAGUGUUUCCUUCUGUUGGGAACAAUAUUUAUCAUACUCUUCGUGGUAGUUCACUGGGAUGACGUGAGAGAUGGGACUUUUUAUCUGCACGUGGCAUCAUCAUCACCCGAUAUCCCCACGAGCAUGACGUCCUCUGAACGUAGGACAAGUGAGGAUUCAUUUAUGUGGAAAGAGUCAAGCAGGUCAGUCAAACCAAACCUGACAAUCAUCACACCUCACCCAAAACAUGACCACAGUCCAAACUACCUAUUGCACAGGUUUACGCAGUCCUCUCCCACACAACUCAGCGCGCGUCAAGCACAUCGUAGACAUGUUAUAAGAGAGCUUUGCUCAGCCAAUAGCAGCUUGAACUUUCCAGGAAAAUUUAAGACAUUUGACCAGAUUCCAAGCAAAGCCUUGGAUCAUCUCAUUGUGGAUGAUCAUCAUGGUGUUAUUUACUGUUUUGUACCGAAGGUAGCAUGUACCAACUGGAAACGAGUCAUGAUUGUGCUCAGCCAGAACCUGAAAGCACCAAAUGGAGCUCCAUAUCUGGAUCCUCUUGACAUACCAUCAGCGUUAUCCCACAACGCUACUCUGCAUCUGACGUUUAACAAGUUUUGGAGGCUCUUUGGUCGUUUCUCACGACCUUUAAUGCAUCACAGACUAAAAAAUUACACGAAGUUCCUUUUUGUACGGGAUCCUUUUGUACGACUUAUUUCUGCUUUCCGGAACAAAUUUGCCAAGCCAAAUGAGGAUUUCUACAGACAGUUCGGGUCCACAAUACUUCAGCGUUAUGCUAAUAUUUCAACCCCCCCUGACUCCGCUCAAGAGGCCUUCGCUGCAGGUAUCAGACUGUCCUUUACUCACUUUAUUCAGUACCUGUUAGAUCCACAGACUGAGAAGGAGAAGCCAUUCAAUGAACACUGGCAGCAGAUGUACAGACUCUGCCAUCCGUGCCAAAUUGACUAUGAUUUUGUUGGGAAGCUGGAAACUCUUGAUGAGGAUACAGAGCAUUUGUUGAAGAUUCUUGGGCUGGAUAAUCAGAUUCACUUUCCCCCUGGGUACAGCAAUAGGACGGCUGUAAACUGGGAGAGAGACUGGUUUGCAAACAUUUCAGUAGCUGACAGGAGAAAACUCUACAAUCUUUAUGAAGCAGACUUCAGAUUAUUUGGAUACGACAAACCUGAGACACUUCUGGAUGAGUGACAGAGCCAGUUGUUUCUUUAAAAGGGAUUAUAUGCAUAGAAUAUAAAAUAAAAGUGGAUUGUACAUAUACUUUGGUAAUUAAACAUAAUUGUAAUUUAUUUGACUAAAACAGUGAAUUAUCAGGUGUUUUGUAUUGUUUUGCUCAGCGAUUAGAUUUUGAUGUUGCCCUCUUAGAAGAUUUCAGUAAUAUUUCAUUGUUCGUACAAACACUGUUAUGCAUGGAAGCUUAUUUCCAUCACUGAAUAAAAAAAUAAAAAAAGGUAAUGCAGACUUUUAAUCUCUCAAUUAUGACUUUUUUUCUCAAUUGCAUGUUAUAAAGUCAGAAUUGUGAGAUGUAGUCACAAUUCUGACUUUAUAACAUCGUAUUACUCUUUGCAUUACACAUGUGCAUUACUCUUAAAGUUACUUAAUGAACAUUACUUUACAUCAAAAAAGAAAAAAUAAACCA